CAGAACAGCUGCCUCGCUCCCGGAAGUGGAGGGUUUACACUGAGUGCCGCUGGGUCUGAGUGACCGAAGGCAGCAGCGCUCGCGGAGAUCGCCCGCUGGCCCUAGAUCACCAUGUCGGCCUUCGACACUAACCCCUUCGCGGACCCAGUGGAUGUAAACCCCUUCCAGGAUCCCUCUGUGACCCAGCUGACCAGUGCUUCUCAGAGUGGCCUGGCUGAGUUCAAUCCCUUCUCAGAGACAAAUUCAGCGACAACAGUUCCUGUCGCACAAGUUCCUGGGCCCUCCCAGCCAGCAGUUCUCCAGCCCUCAGUGGAGCCAGCACAGCCAACGCCCCAGGCUGUCGCAGCUGCAGCCCAGGCAGACCUGCUUCGGCAGCAGGAAGAAUUAGACAGGAAAGCUGCUGAGCUGGAACGCAAGGAGCGGGAGUUGCAGAACACUGCAGCGAAUUUGCAUGUGAGAAACAACAACUGGCCGCCGCUCCCCUCAUGGUGCCCUGUGAAACCCUGCUUCUAUCAGGACUUCUCCACAGAGAUCCCUGCUGACUACCAGCGGAUAUGCAAGAUGCUUUACUAUCUCUGGAUGUUGCAUUCGGUGACUCUGUUUCUAAACCUGCUUGCGUGCCUGGCCUGGUUCACGAGUGACGCAGCUAAUGGAACAGCCUUUGGCCUCUCCAUCCUUUGGUUUCUGAUCUUCACUCCCUGUGCCUUCCUUUGUUGGUACCGACCCAUCUACAAGGCUUUCAGGUCUGACAACUCUUUCAGCUUCUUCGUGUUCUUUUUUGUAUUUUUUUGUCAAAUAGGGAUCUACUUCAUCCAGUUGAUUGGCUUGCCUAACUUGGGGACCAGUGGUUGGCUCGCAGCCCUAUCUACAAUGAAUACAAAGCCCUUAGCCGUGACCAUCAUCAUGAUGGUAGUGGCUGGCUUCUUUACCCUCUGUGCCGGGCUCUCUCUCUUCCUCCUGCAGCGGGUACACGCCUUCUACCGCCGAACAGGGGCCAGCUUCCAGCAGGCUCAGGAAGAGUUCUCCCAAGGCAUCUUCAGCAGCAGAACUUUCCGCAGCGCUGCCUCAUCUGCUGCCCGAGGAACCUUCCAGGGGAACUAGUCUCCCUGACUCUCCUUCCCUCAGCCUGGCCUCUUCUGUCACCUGCCUUCUGAGCUGCACUGUCUGUGGGUGCCUUAUGCAGUGGCUACGCCAGCACAGACCUGGCAGGAAUUUGUCUUGUCCCUGCUCCUUCCUCAGUAGUCCGCUUUCUCUCCUACAAGAGGGAAGGAGAGGAGGGGACAAGGACAUUUUUUUUUUUUAACACACGGGAAAAGAAAAAAUAACAAAGCUAUCUUUCCUUUUCUAAUGGUGGUUUGGUAGGAUUUUGUUCGGAAGCACUGGGACCACUUUGCCAGAAAACAUAUGGACUCAUGUGCUUGGCAUCAUGGGCCAACCUGGGCUCACUGUACCAGGAAUUUUCCACAGGAACCCUGGACUCCAUCCCUCCUUCUACAGGCUUGGGACUCCAGUGUCUUGCCUUUCAUGCUUGGGCUUCAUAAGCCUCCCAAGGGCUCCACUCUAAUGAGCUGUGUUCUGGGUGGGUGCACAGAAGUUUCCCAAGUCAUCUUAGGGUGAUCGAUCUCCAGGUGUUCUUCACAACAGAGUCAUGACCCUGUGCCUGCUUCCACUCCUGGUGUGAUAGCACCUUGUGCCCUCUGGGGGCCUCCCUAGCCUCUCCAGACUUCUGAAUGUAUAGUGAGUGGGGUUGGUUGGGACUUGGGGAUGGGGAGGGACCGAAGACAAGUCAAUCAAGUCCUGCCCAGCCUCUUCUGAGAGGGUAGGUGUCUGCUGACCUGUUUGUUGUGACUCUGCCCCUCUGCCUUAGCCUGGCCCAUCUUUAGCAAUAAUCACCUCUUACAACUGUUAGGCUGGUUUGGAGGAAGUCGGUCUGGAACUGUCCUGCAGGCAGGACCGCUGAGCCUUCUUUCUGGGGGGUUCUUCCCACACCCUCAGUGGACUCUAGGUCCCUUUCCACUUGUCCUGGGGGCUCCACAGGUGUGUCGCUGCCCUGGAAACCCGGACCCUGUGUUAUGUCAGUGCCGCAAGAGCUCGCCAAGCUGGCCAGCCUCCUGCCUCUGGGAACUGGGGCCCUCCUGAGGAUACCCUCCAUGCUGUCAGCCCAUCUCGCUCUAGAGCCACCGAAUGGUAAUGACAGCCACCGGGGUUUUGUAAACUUUCUGGUAUUAUUUUCCUCCAUGUACAAAUGUAUAUGUCAUGUCUCAAUUUUUGUGCUUAAAUAAAAAGAUUUUUGGACAGCA